CGAGGUUAACCAUAGCCCACAGCUCUCGCAGCCGCUGAAAAUGGAUACGCAUUCGUCACUUACUGGGGCUCCGUCAUCAACAGAGACAUCAGAAAACUCAAAUAAUUCCGAAAACCUCAGCCGAUCUAUUGAUCAUGGCAGAAAAAGCGAAUCCCAAGCCGCUUCUCAACCAAGCGAGAAAGUAUUUAAGUCGCAAGAGACAAAGCUUUCACGCGUAAAGGAGGCACUCAACAAUUACGACUGGGAAGGUUCCUGGACCUGGGAGGCUGGGGGUGCCAUUCUCAGUGUCACCUGUCUUGCUCUCUUAAUAGGUUUUCUAGGAUACGUGAAUGGGAAAGCCUAUAUCAGCUGGCAAUAUUCUAUCUCACCUAAUGCAGUGAUUUCCGUCCUUGCGGCUUUCAUAAAGGCAGCGAUGCUUAUUCCAGUUUCGGCCUGUCUCGGCCAGUUAAAGUGGGGACACGGCCGCGAUCCAAAACCAACGCAACUCUAUCAUUUCCAUCUUCUUGACCAAGCCAGCCGUGGUCCUUGGGGAUCCCUGGAAAUAUUAUGGAGAGUCAGGUCGUUUCUAGCAUUGGCUGGAGCAGCGCUGAUGGCCACUGCUGUUGCCAUCGAUCCUUUUGCACAGCAGAUCUUAGCGUUCCCAUCACGACAAGUACAAGCGCUAAAUGAGACUGCAUAUGUCCAGAAAGCACAGGACUAUUCUUCCAAAUGGGACACGAGCACAUUCCAAAUGGACCAUACAAUGCAGCCUGCCGUAUUUAAUGGGUUGGCACAAAUAAACAUCCCACUCAACGCAAAGUGUCCCUCAGAAUCCUGCCAUUAUCCUGACUUCACCACGCUUGGAAUUUGUACGUCUUGUGAAGAUGUUACAGAAGCAGCAACACAGGACUGCCGGCCAAUUUCAAGACCAUAUGAUGGACAGAACUCCACUCUUAAAUGGAAGUAUUGGCAUGAUAUCCUUUCUCAUCCCAGUACUCCAUCACUCCGCAGAAUGGCCGCAUCGAUUCCUAUUGACUGCAAAUACUCAGCCCCGAAUGGGUUUACAUUUGUCCCAGGGGCCCCUAAUGCAUCGACUUCCAAUGACACUAUUGAGAUAUUUCGUAGUGGCUUUAGAGCUAUCGUUCCCAAGCCAGAUGUUUCCGAAUCGAAACUUGCCCAGAUUAUCUCUGUCUUCAUGGCAAAGUACAAUCCUGAUACCAUUAAGUAUACUACUGAGAACAUCAGUAUGAGUGAGCCAAAGCCUCAGAUGACGCAAUGCUCAGUUCAGCUGUGUGAAAAACAGUAUACACAGAACCAUGUUUCCACGAACAAACGCAACGUUCAACCAUCAAGAAGCCAAUCUCUACGAAUCAGCAAUUACCAUGGGGACACCGCAACGAGAACUCUCAUACCUGUGGAUGGGGCGAAGGCCUUGUCAAGCAACUCGACCUACCAUAUUUCUCGCAUUGCCCAUUUACAACUUCAGAUGCAUCUUGGAAUGCUUUUCGAUGCCGUUCUUAGUCGCUUUGAUGGCAAAGCCACGUCUGGUCUUCUCUUAGCCCCAAUUCUCAACUAUAGUGAUAACAUCACUGAAUCAUUCAGCAGAAUGGCCACUAGUAUGACCGACAAUAUUCGCUCAGGCACUGGACUCACUAAAGUCUACGGAAGAGCUUACCGAACUGAGACAUUCAUCCAUGUCCGUUGGCCGUGGGUUAUUCUUCCCAUAGUAACCGUCAUCUUGUCCAUUUGUCUCUUCAUGACCACAGCAAUUGUUAGCCGUGGUCAACCCGUGCUAUGGAAAUCAUCCAUCUUUCCACUCCUCAUGGGACAGUUGGAGGUUGAUCGAGAACAUGAGAUUUCCAACCUUCGGCAUUUAGGCAAGAUACACUCUAUGUCAAAGAAAAUCAGGAUUGUUGUAGAAGGAGAGGAUAGGAGUCCCCUUUUAUUCUCUGAGCGAUAAUAUUUUGGUGCUAUCAUUAUCAUCAUUAUUAUUAUUUAAUCAAGUUUAUUGUCCAUACCUGUCACGAGCUCAGACCAGUAGAUACUAUCCCACGUGUGACGACUCAUAUAUGACGGC